AUGAACCCUUCUGCUGAAGAUGUUGUGAAUCUGGAUGAUCUGUCUGACAAUGAUCUUAUCACUACUGUAAUGCCUGGAAUUGCUAAGAGACUUUGGUCUAGAAAAGGAAAAUUUGUGGACAUCUCCCCUAUGAAGAGAUAUGAGAUAAAGAAACUCUCUGUCAGAGUGCCUGAUGCCCCUCUUGACAACAUUUCGUUUCACUCUGUAGACAGUGUUGAGCAAUGGAAAUAUGUUUACCAAAGGAGGAUUUCCCUUGAAAGAGAAUUGGGAAAAUAUGCUUUUGAGUGUCAUGAGAUUAUGGAGAUGAUUUCUUAUGCUGGUUUAAUGAAGACUGUAACUAGAUUUGCUAAAUGCUAUGAGGAUAUUGUGAAGGGGUUCAUUGUUAAUAUUCCUGUGGAUUGCGCUGACCCUAGAAGAAGAGAGUUUAGGAAAGUUUAUGCUAGAGGUAGAUGUGUGAAUACAUGGCCUGUGAAGGAAAAGCUCCCAGCUAGUAAAUUGAGUGUCAAAUAUGCCAUCCUACAUAGAAUUGGAGCUGCAAAUUGGGUCCCUACCAAUAACUCUUCAGUUAUCUCGGUUAGUUUAGGAAAAUUUAUUUAUGCAGUUGGAAGCAAGAAGGCUUUUGAUUACGGUGCCUACAUUUUUUAUCAAACUGUGAAGCAUGCUGACACAUGUGCAGUAAAGAUGCAUAUUUCCUUUCCUACUCUCAUUUGUUGUACUAUCCUCAAUCAACAUCCUGGGAUUCUUCUUAGUACUGAUAUAAUAACCAAAAGGGAGUCUGUUUUGUCCCAUCAUUUUAAACUGUUUACACGUAAGCAUGUCCUUAACAUUGCCAUGACAUCUACAUAUGUUGAUAACAAGACCUCAACCAAGGCUGAAAUGAUUUUUGAACUAGUGGAGGUUUGCAAAGAACUUGAUGAAGCUAUCAAUGUUAUCUCAACAAGGAAGCUUAAGUUUGAAAAGAUGAUCAAUGAUCUGAAAAAGGUUGACAGUGUUGGUGAGGAAGUGGGUUCUGAAGCAAGAAAUUCUGAUGAUGAGGAAGGAAGUUCUGAAGCUGCUGGGACUGCUGGUCUUGAAGGCAGUUAG